AUGUAUCAAUUAUAUGAUGUAAUUCGUAAUCUUAAAUAUUUACAUGAUUUAAAUUAUUGUCAUAAGGACUUUCAUAGUGGAAAUAUCUUGCAUGAUGGUAGAUUUGCUUAUAUUUCAGAUUUUGGAUUAUCAGGACCAGCAGAUAAGCAAAAAUCAGAGGAUCGAAUAUAUGGAGUAUUACCAUAUAUCGCUCCAGAAGUCUUGAAUGGAGAGCCAUAUACGCUUGCUUCAGAUAUUUACAGUUUGGGUGUAAUUAUGGCUGAAUUUUCAUCCGGAAACCCUCCAUUUUAUGAUAGGAAACAUGAUUAUAAAUUAUCUUUAGAUGUUUGCAAUGGACUUCGUCCCGAAUUUGGAAAAGGAACUCCUGAAUUUUAUAAGAAAUUAGCUUAUAAGUGUAUGAAUGCAAUUCUAAAUCAAAGACCAACGAGCGAUGAAUUACAUGAUAUGCAAUUGAAACUUACUAUUAAAGUUUCUGAUGAGUAUACUUCCCGUCAAAACAUUUCCAUUGUUGAAAUUUUACCACUCAUCGAUACUUUCGCGGUUUUGCUUUUAAAAAAAUUUUUGCUAGAACGUCAAAAUAAAUUUCGAUUUUGCCACCUGUCGAAACCUCAAGGAUUUGCCAGGCAAUCAUAA